GGUAAGGACAAAGAAAAUGACGAAAAUGAUGGGAACGAGGACAGUGGGAAUGAAGGCAGUGAAAAUGAAGGGGAUGAAAAGAAUGAAGAGAAUGGUGGCGAGAAUAAUAAAACGCUAGAAGGUUAUAUUGUUGGGGAGAGAGCUGACAACAUUCAAUA